AUGGUCAGCGAUUCAUCAUCGCUUAAGAAUUCACCCUCAUCUUCAGAAUCUGCUACUUCACCACGCUCUCUCCAGUCAGACAUUGUCAAGAAUCAUUGCUUCCAUAAGGCGAGAAACGUGAAUGCAUCGCGUCUUUCCAUUCAUUCGUCCGCCGUCCAAUUAAGCAGUCACAGCGGAGGAAAUGGCUCCAAACCUGUUGAAGAUACAGCGGAUCAUGACGACGAGCUUGAAAACCAAACCGGCACAGAAUCAUCUGGUGGGCGCUGGAGAGGGCAUGCGACGGGGCCUGUAAGGACACGCCAGCAACGAAAGAGACAAGUUACUGCUCUGCCGCCAGUUGAAUUACCGCAAACGUUUCUUCAAAAUAAUAUAUCACUCUACGCAGCCCAGGAACGGCCACAGCUUCCUAUUGCGCUGGCGGAAGAUGCAAGGCAUGAAAAGUUAUUUCAAGCUGUUGCUGAGCAAGGACCAUCCUUUAGAAAGAAAUAUGAGGGACUGGAGAAAUAUUUUGAGACAGCACUAAGACAUCUCUUUGUUCGAAGCGGCGAACUCGCGAUAGACUUGGAAAAUUCCCGUUUAGACCAGGAUGAUCGAAGAUGGGAAUCUCCGGAGACCAUAGCGCGAGCAGUGCGGAUUGGGGAUAUGAUCAUUGAAUCAUCCAAUUGUUUGAUUGAUGCCGUAUACCCCACCCGUCAAUUUGAACAUACCUAUGGAGUGCGACCUUUUUGGUGGUCUCACGUUCUUAAAGUUCUUAAAAGUAGUACACCUGGUCGCCAUGAUCAAUACUCUCCCCUUGCUGCCUCUAUCUCUCUGGAUGAUCAACUUGGCUUUGCGGAGCAAUAUAAUUAUGCUUUGCCACAUAUCAUCGCUGACCUCCCUGCUGAUACGUUUAUUGCUUUACGAACGAUGGUUAACCGCGAACUGUUCGCAUCGCCACCACCAACGUUCGAUUACAAAACGAGUAAGAGGCCAAUCACAGUCUUUUCGAUCUUUGGAUAUGGAGGAAAAUCCAUCUCAGAAGCAAUCGGCAGACAUUUUGCACACUAUAGCGGUGCGGACCUAGUUCAUCUAGAUGCGUAUGAUCUCUCAGAGCUUGUGGGCAAUUACUUGGGCCAGAAUUGGGCUUAUUCACGCACUCCCCUCUCAAUGCUAGGGUUUAGAGCCGCUGAAUUGAGUGGAAAAAUCGCGCAAAGUCGAGAUGAUAAACCUCUGGAGAACCAAGAUGAAGAAUCUGAUGCGGAAGUUGGAAUCGCCACGAGUAGUUCGAGCCCUUCAGCUGUGGUGGAAGAGCUUCAGAAAUUACGUCAAGGAGAAUAUGAAAGUUUUAGUAAAUGGGAAAAUCUCAAGAUUGACAAAAUAUUGGAUCAAAUCAUUCGAUCCACAGGCGCUGGAUCUACACAGCCUCGUACACGACCGGUGUUAAUUCACAUCCACGACAUAGUUGAACUGAGCAUGACGAUUGAGGGAUCUCUGCUGAUCAGCCGGCUGCGAGCCCUCGCUGAUAUUGCUUGGCAGCAAGGGUUACCAAUCGCUUUAUUUGGAUCAUCUUCCUGCGAACAGCCGUCGGAAGACUAUCGAAACGCUGUCAAAGAAUUUGCCACGAACGAUUUUGUUGUCACUCGCCACAUUCAGCCAGAUUUUAUCGAACAGUAUACCGCACCUAAAGGAAAUGUUCGAACUCAAGAACCAUUCCACCUACAAAAAGCUGAUUAUGUCGCUGAGAAUGUCAAUAACAUUGCUCGCAUGUUAAGAGCGUUAGAUCCCGAAUUAUCGCCACAGGUAGCUGGCUUGACGUUUGAGUCUGUUUUAUCAUUUCUCCGUUCCUCAAAUCCCAGAUAUUCCAUACUUCAAGAUUCAAUUAUCCCGGCACCAGAAGUUUAUCACCUAGCAUGCGCCUUCAAGUCGCAGGAACGUCACAAAGCUAGUACCGGUAGCAGCACGCCCUCCGGUUUCUUGGAACGAUUUGCCUUAGGUCAUCUACAACAGUGGCCAGGAGAUACAUUUUCCAACGAAGAUGCUGUUGAGGGAGAUACACUUAAUGGCGUUACAAGGGACGAUCAUAACACAACGGAUAGCCGUGCCACAAUGAAAUUGAAUGAAUAUGAGAAACGAAUAGCUUCUGGUCAAAUUAACCGAGAAAAUCUUCGAACGACAUUCGCAGAUGUUCAUGCUCCACCUGAAACUAUAUCUGCCUUGAAACUUCUCACGUCACUCUCUCUCGUGCGACCAGAUGCAUUUUCCUACGGUGUAUUGGCGCAAGAUAAGAUUUCAGGAUGCCUUUUGUACGGACCUCCUGGAACUGGUAAAACUAUGCUCGCAAAGGCAGUGGCUAAAGAUAGCGGCGCGAAUAUGCUCGAAGUCAGCGGUGCCUCUAUCAAUGAUAAAUGGGUUGGAGAGAGUGAAAAACUCAUUCGCGCGGUCUUUACCUUGGCUAAAAAACUGACACCCUGCGUUGUUUUUAUCGAUGAAGCAGAUUCUUUACUAGCUAGUCGAAGUAUGUUCGCUAACCGGGCGUCUCAUCGUGAGCAUAUCAAUCAAUUUCUCAAGGAGUGGGAUGGUAUGGAAGAGACAAAUGCUUUCAUAAUGGUUGCGACCAAUCGCCCUUUUGACUUGGACGAUGCUGUCUUGCGGCGGUUACCACGAAAGAUUCUUGUUGAUCUUCCUCUUGAGAAAGAUCGCCGGGCUAUCUUAGAACUAUUACUCAAAGACGAGAUUCUGGAUGAUUCUGUAUCGUUGGAUGAAUAUGCACGACGAACUCCAUACUACUCAGGAUCUGACCUCAAAAAUAUGUGUGUUGCAGCUGCAAUGGCUGCAGUGGAAGAAGAAAAUGAGGCUGCGGCCAAACACCAAGGGUCUACCCCAUUCCAGUAUCUUGAAAGACGAAUCCUUCAGAAAUCUCAUUUCGACAAGGCCCUGAAGAGUAUUCCUGCAAGUAUUAGUGAGGAUAUGAUCUCUCUCAAACUAAUACGCAAAUUUGACGAGGAAUAUGGCAACAGAAAAAGAAGCACCACCAAGUCAAGCAUGGGUUUUGGAUUUGUUGAUGAUAAGCGCCAUGCUCCUGUCAGAUGA